CAGUGAAUUCAGUGGUAUAAGUGCAGCUGUCAGGUGAGCGUCACCGAGGACCGGCGACCAGUCUCCGCGCGCUUCGCUUCACGACAUCGAGAUGUCGCGCCGUCCAACCUGACUUUACCCAACCGUUUCUCUGCUUCUGCACGUGAAACAGAGCGCGACAGUUCCGCUGCCUGCGAGCCGAGAGGAGCGAGCGGGUUUAUCAUGAGUUGUCUGGAUGUUAUGUACCCGGCUUAUGGUCAUUACGCACCGUACGCGCACAAAGCUUCAGCCUUCAUCAGCACUUUACCGGCUCCCCUUGGUCUGAGAAGCCCCUCGUCUCGCUGUAGGGACCCGAUGGACAGUGCGGGGGCCCUGUGCUGCUCGGACAAUGCCGGCAGCUCAAGCUCAGCUGGUCCAUCCACAUCACCAUACCCUACUUCCGGACAGAUAGAGGAGGCUACGAAGGACAAAGAGGUCGGAGAGGCAGAAUACCUGAGCUCACGGUGCGUCCUCUUCACCUACUACCAAGGGGACAUCAGCAGCGUGGUGGACGAGCACUUCUCCAGAGCCCUUAGCACAUACAUGGAGGCAGAGGGCAAAAAGAGGGCCAGUGAUCCCAGCACAGAUCCUUCAUCCUCAAGCAGUCGGCGGAGUUUCCCUCCAUCAUUCUGGGACAGUAACUACCCCUCUCCCCCGAGCCGACCUCACUGCGACCCUACAGGUGCUCCCACCUACGCUAUGGACCCCUACAGCCAAGCCCUGCACCCGGGUUUGCCACACACACACCCGCACCCACACCCAUCAGAGUCCUGGACCUACUCUCAGAGCCAGGCCUAUCCAGCCCCACGGCCCAUUCACGAACUCUACUCUCCUCCUGGGCUGGAUGCCCACUAUGGGCCCCUGCUGAUGCCCGCUGUGAGGCCGCCUCAUCUGCCCGCGCUGCCUGGGCAUUACGAUGUGGGCAAGCUGGAGCCCACUGCAACAUGGCCAGGACUGCUUCCUCCUGGCGACGUGGCACAGAGUCUGGCUCUCAACAUGGAGCCAGGUCUCCAGCACCACAAGAAAGGGAAGGAGCUCUACUGGUUUUAAUGAGAAGCCCUUCAUCGACCAUCCAAUUAAAGCCUGCAGUUUGGCCCAUUGUAGCCGAACUGUUGUUUCUUUAGCCCCACGCGGCUCUGCACACGCUCUGAACGCGCUCCAGGACUAUUUGUGUGCACCAUGGAGAUAUGAACAUGGGCGACGAGAGGACGCCUGGGGGAGGCAGGGGGCGCAAGCUGACAUGCUCUUUCUGUUUUUGGAUCUGUUUUUCUCUUUUUGAUCUUUUUUAUUAUUAAUUUAUUGUGGUGUAAAAAUCCAGCUUGCCCUCUAUGAUUCUCUGUAAGAAAUACUGCAUGGUGCCGUAUAUAUACAGUAUGGAAUGAUGCAUUUUCUAAAACAAAUAUGGCUGUUUAUAUUGAUUGAACAAAGGUGACAGCGAUGUGUUUGUAUUGUAUUUUUCUUCUCAUGUACAGUAUUUUUAUUUAUAUAUAUAUAUAUAUAUACAGUAGUAUUUAUGUGUUUUAAUUAAAAUACAGUUAUGGCCAGUGAUGUUUUUGUUGUUUUUCAUAUAGGAAAUGUUGUGUAACAGCUAUAAUAUUUAAUUAAUAAAAUAUACCAUAUAAGAAAAGAGUGAAAUAAUGUGUAAUUUAUCAUGUUAUGUACAACAACAAUUUAGUUAAAAAUGAAAAAGUGAUCAUUUUCUAUUUAUGAAAAGUUUCACAUGGAUCCACAGAAAUGACUGAAAACUAUCUAUUUUUUUAUGCCAGGCAUGUAUUUAAAAUAAUACUUAGAAAAAAAACAGUAAAGAAACAUUGCUGUUUUGAUGAUACUUGUUUUAUAAAGUUUCAAACAAACCACCAGAACUAUAAAUGUUCCAUUUGGGGCUAUAUAGGCACGAUAUUGGAUAAAAAUGGCAUUGCAAUAUUUAUUGCAUUAUGAAUAUAGUUUCACAAGAUGACUUUGUUUUGGAUAGAAUCCAUAAUUUGAUUGGGAUGAUUUUGAACAAUGUUUUGUGCAUCUGUAUAAAAUAUACAAAAUAAAAUAAAGCAGAACCAAGAUAAAUAAUGAAAUAAACAGCUCUUUUGGCGCUGGAGUCUAAAAGUAUUGAGGCACAGAUAUUGAAUUAUUAAAUAAAAAAUAACACUGUUUAGUCUUCAUUGUAUUAAUAAUUAAAAUGAUAAAAUAAUUCUUGUUAAAGGAGAAAACUUUAUGAUUUCUUGCACCCAAAUGGAUCAAUUUAGCUUUAAAUCAUACAGGCACAGGCCUUAAAAACACACCAGAAUAAAAAUCUAUCAUACUAUUAGAUUAUAGUUAAACUUUGCAAUGACUACAAAUCACAUGUUCUGAACUGUGGUUCCUGGUUCAUUAAUAAUCCCAAUUUGACAUUGCAGAUCCUGCGAUGUGACUAUUGCAGAUUCACACUGGCAGUAUUAAUGCUGAAACGAUUUAUUGUGCUGCCCUAGUUCCAUAAACAAUAUUUUGAUGGCAAGGUCAUUUUUGGUGUAAUAUUUUUCAUCUGUGGGUCUAUUUUAUCGGAUUUAAGAUGAUUGUUUUUUAACAAAAAACUUAAGCAGUGUUUGUAUUUCCAUAUUAAACUUGAAUUUAAAUAAAUUG